AUGCUUGCGAAUCAGCCGAAAGGACAACGCAAAAAUGAAACAAGUAUUAAAUUCGACGAUGCUUUAAAAACGAUUAAUCCAAAAAUAACUUAUACGGGGGAUGACAAGGAUCCCGAUUUUCUAAUGUUGUUUCGAGGAAAUCGACCCGAUUUUACAUGGUCGACCAGUGGAAACUACUCAGAUCCAAGAAAACAGUGCGUAAAUGGUCGUAAAAGACAUGAUCGUUCCGGCGAUCGGAAUGAUUGUCCUGGGUAUUACCCUUGGAAUGUUGUCUCGGUUAUUGAAAAGAAGAAGAAGAAGAAGAAUGUUCUGCUACCUGAUGAUACAUAUCAACUACUUGAAUAUCUACGUAGCAUCGUCCUGGUUUUACGUGGUCGGAAAUAUGCAGUGGGAUGUUUAACAAAUUAUAAAAUGAUAAUAUUUGGUAAAGCAUCAAUCAAUGAUGAUAUUUUUACUUAUGAAAUUUUUCAAUCGAUGAAAAUAAAUGAACAGUAUUGGCAAUUUCUUCAUUGCAAUCGAACUGAUUUAGGACGUGUUGAUUUUUCUAUUCCAUUUGGUUUCGACAUUAAAAUAACAUUGGGUAGAGGUGCAAAUGGAAUCGUUUAUCGAAUUACUUAUAAUAAUUAUGAAUACGUCAUGAAAAUAUCCAAUAAAAAAUCAAUGAAAGAAUAUGAAAUUGCUGAAAAGAUGAAUACUUAUAUCGAUCCAAAUAUGCAAGCCGCUAGAAUCAUUAGGAUGAUCAUUAUCGAAGGUGGAUUCAUAACAGCAUCGAAUCCUGUGCUUAAUGAAUAUGAAUCGUCAAGUGGCAGACAAGUUUCCGCAUAUUAUACUGAUGACUGGGUUUCGGCUAUUUAUAUGUUAUUAUUAUCUCAUUGCUCAAGCGACGAUCAUAAGACUUUGCAGUCAUUUGCGACUGUAAGUUCCGUGGAUGCUUUACGUUUACAGCGGGAAGUUAUUUUGAAACUCAAUGAAAUGGAGUGUCAACGCGAUAAUUUAAUGGAUGUUGACGAACUAUACGGUGUAACUAUUGAAAUUAUUACAGCCAUGAAGAAUUUAGGUUUAGUAACAUCAAAUAUUUAG